UUCUACUACACACACAGACGUAAAAACCCUAAAAUUGCCACACAUAAUCUAACCUUCUCCGUCGCCGAUACCGCUGCAGCUUUGCCCUCCCUUCAUCGUCUUCAUUGUUAUUCCAAUUAUUAAAACAUGGAAGACGACAAAGAAGAAGUGAAAUCAUUCAAAGAAUUAGGAUUAGUUGAACAAUUAGUCGAGGCUUGUGAUAGUUUAGGCUGGAAAAAUCCUUCCAAGAUACAGGCUGAGGCCAUUCCUCAUGCGCUUGAAGGGAAGGACUUAAUUGGGCUAGCACAAACUGGUUCUGGUAAAACUGGAGCCUUUGCUCUACCGAUUCUUCAAGCCCUGUUGGCCGCCGCGGCGGCGGUUCCACCUGUUCAACACGCCUUCUUUGCCUGCGUGCUUUCUCCCACAAGGGAACUUGCAAUUCAAAUUGCUGAACAAUUUGAGGCCUUGGGGUCAAGCAUUAGCCUAAAGACUGCAGUGCUUGUUGGAGGGGUAGACCAUGUACAACAAAGCAUUGCCCUUGGGAAACGACCACAUAUUGUUGUUGCGACACCUGGACGUCUUGUGGACCAUUUAUCUAACACUAAAGGGUUUUCCCUUCGCACAAUAAAGUACUUGGUUUUGGACGAAGCAGACAGAUUGCUAAAUGAGGAUUUUGAAAAAUCACUUGAUGAAAUCUUAAAUGCCAUUCCUCGUGAAAGGAGAACAUACUUGUUCUCUGCUACCAUGACUAAGAAGGUGCAAAAGCUGCAAAGAGCUUGUCUAAGGAACCCUGUAAAGAUUGAGGCGGCAUCUAAAUAUUCUACAGUUGACACAUUGAAGCAACAGUUUCGUUUUGUGCCAGCUAAGCAUAAGGACUGUUAUCUUACAUACAUUUUAAAUGAAAAAUCCGGGAGUACAUCAAUGGUGUUCACACGUACAUGUGAAGCAACCCGUCUUUUGGCUUUAAUGCUUCGCAACCUUAGUUUUCGUGCAAUCCCAAUUUCUGGUCAAAUGACUCAGGCAAAAAGGCUAGGGGCGUUGAAUAAGUUCAAGGCUGGGGAGUGUAAUGUUCUUAUAUGCACUGAUGUGGCGAGUAGAGGACUUGAUAUUCCUUCUGUUGAUAUGGUUAUAAAUUAUGAUAUUCCCACAAACUCAAAAGAUUAUAUUCAUCGAGUGGGGAGGACAGCACGUGCAGGGAGAUCUGGGGUUGCUAUAUCUUUGGUGAAUCAGUAUGAGCUUGAGUGGUAUAUUCAAAUAGAGAAGCUUAUUGGUAAGAAGUUACCCGAGUUUGAAGCACAAGAAGAGGAGGUUUUGUUAUUCUUGGAACGUGUCACUGAGGCUAAACGUUUAUCCCUCAUGAAAAUUAAGGAAGCGGGAGGGCAUAAGAGGAGGAGGGGAGGUGAAGAGGAGGAGGAUGAGGUUGACAAGUUCCAUGGGAAGAAUAAGAAUAACAAGUCGUCAAACAAGUCAAGCAACAAGAAGUCUAAACGUAGAUAGGUUUGAAUUCGUGUAACACAAUUUUGUUAUGAGGAUUGAGGAGGUUUCUUUAUUCAAAGCAGAUUUGGAGGGAAUUUGUAAAUUUCGUUGAAGGUUUUAGUAUAAGGAUUUUUUAACUUUUGUUUAGGGA